AAAAUUAUUCUCGUCACGAACGUUGGCGGGACGAGUUGUUGCUGACGUACAUUUGAACUACUCUAUAAUUAUGCUACGAAUACUGUAACAAUUAGUAGUCGUCUUAAUUUCGUAAAUAUCUAAUCAUUACCGUACCUAAUUCUCAGUGGUUAGUUUUAUUUUAACUGAACGCAAGUCGUGAAAGUUGGUGAAUGCAAGUUUUUUCAAAAUUUCGGUCUGACUGUUACCUAAUCGGAAAGCGGUUAUCGUUAUCACUGCAAGGACUUGAGUGUAUGUAGUGAGCACCAUGGACCAAAGUGGUAUAACACCUAAUACUUCUAAUCAGCAGCUGGUUAAUAACGGGGACAAUGACUCCGCGACGGCGCUGCUGCAGGAGAAACAGGCGAGGAGGCGGGAGAACCUGAGGGACGUCAGCUUUGUCGAGUACAUGACGGUCGGGAUACUAUGCUUCAUCAACCUCAUCAACUAUAUGGACAGAUUUACCAUCGCCGGUGUAUUAGGUGAUGUGAAGACAGAAUUUGCGAUCGGCGAUGACCAGGCCGGCUUACUGCAGACAGUGUUCGUGGUGGCGUAUAUGGUGUUCGCGCCUAUCUUCGGGUACCUGGGAGACCGGUACUCGAGAAGAUGGAUCAUGGCGGGCGGAGUCGCGCUAUGGAGUCUUACCACAUUCGUGGGGUCGUUCUUCACGAAUUUCGGCAUGUUCGCGUUCUUCCGCGGCCUGGUCGGUAUCGGCGAGGCGUCCUACUCCACCAUCGCACCGACCAUCAUCAGCGACCUGUUCGUCGGCAACGUGCGCUCCAAGAUGCUGGCCUUCUUCUACUUCGCCAUACCCGUUGGCAGCGGGCUCGGUUACAUAGUGGGGUCCGUGGCAGGCGCGGCGGCGCACAACUGGCGAUGGGGGCUCCGGGUGACGCCGCUCCUGGGCGCGGUCGCCGUGGCGCUCAUCGCGUGGGUCAUGACGGACCCCGAGCGCGGCCAGGCCGAGGACAGCCACAUCAAGGCCACGUCCUACAGGGCUGAUAUACGCUCGCUUGUUAAGAAUCCGUCGUUCAUGCUGUCAACGUUAGCGUUCACGUGCGUCGCGUUCGUGACGGGGGCCCUCGCGUGGUGGGGCCCGCAGUUCAUUUUCCUCGGGCUCACGCUGCAACCGAACAUGCAAGACAUUACUCUAGAGAGGGUGUCGCUAAUCUUCGGCGGGAUCACGAUGAUGUCGGGGCUGCUGGGCGUGCCGCUGGGCGCGUGGCUGGGCGCGGCGCUGGUGAAGCGCUACCCGCGCUCGCACGCCGUCAUCUGCGGCCUCGGCCUCCUCAUCUCCGCGCCGGCCAUGACCCUAGGCCUCGUCCUCUGCGAACACUAUUUCUACGGACCAUUCGUCGCCAUGUUUAUCGGCGAGAUCUUCUUGAAUCUCAACUGGGCAAUAGUGGCCGAUAUGUCGCUGUAUGUCGUGGUGCCUCCACGGCGGUCUACCGCUGAAGCGUUCCAGAUCCUGAUAUCACACAUGUUUGGGGAUGCGGGCAGUCCCUAUUUAGUUGGAGUGAUAUCGGAAUCAUUGAAAAAAUCAUUAGGCACAAUGCCACAAGAGUCCCCGAGCACUAGCGUACAGUUCAGGGCGUUGCAGUACGCGCUGUUCGUUACGUGUUUCGUGGAAGUCAUCGGAGGAGUGUUCUUUCUACUGACCUCCAUUUACAUCGUCAGGGACAAGUUAAAAGUCGACAGAGCGAUCGCUGAAGCCGAAGCCCAAAGUGCGGAGCCCUCACAUAGCAACGCCCAAGAACACGCGGCAGGGGAAUAGUUUAAUUCCUAAGUGACCUUAAGACAUUGAAUUAGAUCUGUGAGUAUACUCGUACUGAUUGUGAGAAGCCGUGCAUUACUCACUGAGGCGCUUGAAAUCAAAGUUUGAUUUUGCCGUUGUAAAGACUGAUUUGUUUGGUAUUUUGAAUAGGCAAAAUACGGUGGUGUGACUAGUGUGAGAUAUUGUAAUAUAUAAUUAUGUAGGUUCAAAUAGGCAUCACAAGAUCUACUCUAGAUAAUGAUCUACUUAUAAAGCGCAUUUGUUGCAAAAGAGGGACUGGAUGUAAAAGAGAUGAUAUUAGAAUCAACAUAUUCAAUGACAUGUAUUGAUUCUGAAGUAAUUGAAGAC